CCUCUCGCUCCUCCUCCUCCUCCUGGUCCUGCUGCUGCCGCCGCCGCCGGCAGCCAUGGCGCUGAAGAAAGGCCCCCGGGGCGGGAGGGAGCGUCCCCCGGAGGCCGGCGGCUGGCUCCUGCUCGGCCCCGAGGAAGAGGAAGAGGAAGAGGGAGGCGGGCAGGGGGCGCUGGGGCUGCUGGGCGCCGUGAGUCCGGGGAGGGAGGGCGGCGGAGGGCCCCUUCCCUCCGGCCCCAUCCACCCACCUUCCUUCCUUUCUCCUCAGGAGGGGGAAGAGGAGGGCCCUCCUUCGGGGGCCUCGCGGGGCAACUGCCUGAGCGACGGAAGGAGCCCCAUCGACUUCAUCCUGGUUUGGGAGGAGAGGCCCCUGCCGGCCCCCGGCAAGAAGAAGCGGGGCUCCCGGGCCCACGGCGAAGGGGCCCCGGGCCAGGAGGGGGGCCCCGGGGGAAGGCAGGCGCGUUGGCGGAGGAAGUUCCUCCGGAACCUGCGCGGCGCCGGCCUCCGGCUGGAGAAGGAGGAGGAGAAGGAGGAGGCCUGGCCCAGGCAGGGCCAGAAGAGCAGGAGCAGGAGGCGGCGGCUGCAGUACCUGAAGCUGAGCGCCCCUUGGGAGGUGCUGGUCUACUACGCGGAGGAGCUCUGCCUGCGCGCCCCUCUCCAGGCCCACCCCAACCCCGACCGGAAUGCUUCGGACGCCUUCCUGCGCCGGCUGCGCCUGCCCAACCCUUUGGCCCAGUGGGUCCCCAACAAGCCCAUGGACUACUACACCUGCGCCUUCCGCAAGUCCAAGCUGGACAAGUUCCUGGGGAGCAGCUCCCACAGCAGCUACUUCACCAGCACCCAGAGGCACCGCAUUGUGUAUGAAAUCUUGGCCCGGACGGCCUACGGGAAGCGCAAGCGCGCCGAGAUCGGCAUCGACCGCCUGCUGAAUGAAGGGGUCUACAUGGCAGCCUUCCCUUUGCACGAGGGCCCCUUUGAGCUGCCUGAGUAUGAGGUUCCUGAGGAGGAUCUGAACCCACGCCAGGUGCUGUACAGCUUCUGGGCCCAGUGGAGCUGCUGGUACAAGUACCAGCCCCUGGACCACAUCCGGGAGUAUUUUGGAGAGAAGGUGGCCAUCUACUUUGCCUGGCUGGGCUUCUACACGGCCUGGCUGCUCCCGGCUGCCUCCGUGGGGACCCUUGUCUUCCUGGCUGGCCUUUUCACCAUGGGGAGCAACAAGCCUGCGCAAGAGAUCUGCAACAGUGGCGGGCAGUUCCUCAUGUGCCCCCUCUGUGAUACCUGUGGCAACUGGAACAUCUCUGAGAUCUGCCCCAUGGCCAAGGUGGGCUACCUCUUUGACCACCCAGGGACCGUCUUCUUCAGCAUCUUCAUGUCCUUCUGGGCUGUGACCUUCCUGGAGUACUGGAAGCGGAAGAAUGCCACCCUAGCCCACCAUUGGGACUGCAUGGACUUCCAGGAGGAGGAGGAGCGCCCCCGCCCAGAGUUUGCGGCCCUGGCACCCCACAUGGAGCAGAACCCUGUCACGGGGGUGAAGGAGCCCUACUUCCCACAGCACGACCGGCUCUCUCGCAUCCUGACCGGCUCUAUGGCCAUCAUCAUCAUGCUAUGCGUGGUGAUGAUCUUCCUGGUGUCGGUGAUCAUGUAUCGUGGGAUUGUCAGCACCAUGAUGUACCACACGGGGAACACCGUCUUGAUGACCCAGGCCGGGAACAUUGCCAACCUCAGCAGCUCCAUGGUGAACUUGGUGCUCAUCCUCCUCAUGAGUCAGGUCUACACCUCCCUGGCAGAGCAGCUGACCAGAUGGGAGAUGCACCGGACGCAGACGCAGCAUGAAGACGCCUUCACCUUCAAAGUCUUCAUCUUCCAGUUUGUCAACUUCUACUCCUCCCCAUUCUAUGUGGCUUUCUUCAAAGGCAGGUUUGUGGGAUAUCCCGGCCACUAUGGGAAACUCUUGGGCAUGAGGAAUGAAGAUUGUGGUCCUGGCGGAUGCCUGAUUGAACUGGCCCAGCAGCUCUUUGUCAUCAUGGUGGGGAAGCAGAUUGUCAGCAACAUCCAGGAAUUCUUCCUUCCGAAAGUGAAAGCCUGGCAUCAGAAGAGGCAGCUGGCACGGGUGCGAGGCUCCCAGAUCUGUCCGGAGCCCAAACGGUGGGAGGAAGACUAUGAGCUGAUAGAGUGCGAGGGGCUUUUUGAGGAGUACUUGGAAAUGGUGCUCCAGUUUGGCUUCAUCACCAUUUUUGUGGCUGCCUUCCCACUGGCCCCACUCUUUGCGCUGCUCAACAACUGGGUGGAGAUCCGCCUGGAUGCCCAGAAGUUCGUCUGUGAGUACCGGCGCCCUGUGGCUGAGCGGGCCCAGGACAUCGGUGUCUGGUUCUUCAUCCUGGAUGUCCUGGCCCAGAUCUCUGUCAUCGUCAAUGCCUUCCUCAUCGCCUUCACCUCCGACUUCCUCCCGCGCCUCCUCUACCAAUAUGAAUAUGACAGCCAGCUCCGUGGCUACGUCAACUUCACCCUGGCAUACUCCCCCCCAAGCUACGUGGAUGGCAACCACACUCUCUGCCGGUACAAGGCCUUCCGGGAUGCCCAGGGCAGCUACACCCUCUUCUACUGGAAGCUGCUGGCCAUCCGCCUGGGCUUCAUCAUCGCCUUUGAGCACGUGGUCUUCUCCUGCCUGCGCCUCAUUGACUGGUUGGUGCCAGACGUCCCGGCCUCCCUGGAGGUGAAGGUCAAGCGGGAGCGCUACCUGGCCAAGCAGGCCCUGGCUGACAACCAGGACUUCCUGCUGACGGUGAGUCGCGACUCCUCGCCCUCGCCAGCAAGCAGCCUUCUAUCCGGCAGCAUGAUAUAGCUGCGAGGCCGUCAGGACCCUGCGGCCAUUUCCUUGCUUUUGAGAGGCUUGGAGACCCUCAUGUGGGUUGGAGAGGCCCCCUUGGUGUGUCCACUGUGAGGAGGACCCCCAAAGGCCAUGGGGAUGGAUGGAGGAAGACCCUCUGGACCUGGAGGUGAACCAAGGACGUGAAGUCUGGGGGCCCCAUUUGAGCUCAAGCCGCUUUGCUUCCUGGCUGCUUCCUCUGUCCACCCCACCUGUACAUCCCCCUCCAUGCAUGGAGGCUAUCCCUCUUCCUGACAUGCGGGGUAAGCACCAUUAGGCCCCCCAGGUGCUGUGACAAAGGGGAGGGACCAAUCCUGAGGCCCUCUGCCCACCUGCUUGCUUGCUUGCCUGCCCUCCCAGCAACCUUUGCUUCAUUUGCCAUUGUGGUUGUGAGCAUACACUGGAUUUGCAAACAGUUUCUGCUCCUGCAUCCCCAUGGCAUCCAUUCCUUAUUUAUUUAAUUUAUAUGCCUGCUUUUCCUCAGGCCCCAAGGAAGACUUAGUCUGUCCUUCUGCUGGGAGGAAGGCGGGCCAAGAGAGGGAAAGGGGUGGGGGACACUGGACUUGCCAACUUUUGGCUCUGGGUCCAUCCUCCUGCAAAAGGUUGAACACAGCUUCCAAUGAGGGGGCGAGUGUCCAUCGUCCCCCUCCUGCUGUAAUUUGACAGGUGUCCAGUUGGGGCCCUGGUUCACCCAUUCUUAAUGUUGCUUACCCCACAUGCGCUGCCACUGCUGCUGCUUCUGUGUCUUCUCUGUGGCUCCUUUUAGCCCUGGUCUGUGGCCAUCGCUUGGGUUAAUGAAAUGCAACUGCAGCAUGCAGAUUGCUUUUAGGGGUCAAAAUCCCACCGUUUUGCUUUCCUAGAAACAUCACUAAAGAUCGCUGGAGUAAACCUGUGAUUAAAAGCUCCCUUCUCUUGCAGAGAAGAGUGGCUGCCUAGUUGAGGGACAAUCUGUAACAAAAGUGGGGUAACCGCAGGUGGGAAGUGACCAGUUGGACACUGACAUUGCCAGAGGAGGGAGCUGGCUGGCCUGUCCUCUUCAUGUCCUCAGAGCUCAUGGGGGUCCCUGGCAUGGUGUCCCCUCACCCCCACUACCUGUCCCUUGCUGCUCCACUGAUCGGAGGCCCCUAAGAAUGAAUAAAAUAUGCUGAAUGAU